AUGGACCGUACAGCGCUAAAGUACGCGAAUCUGUUUGGGUACCAGGAAGCAUUAGGUCUCGAAGGAAACCAGUUCAGCUACCUCUCAGCCAUGCUUAUUAGACGCUUCCCGGCGCAGAGGGUGAUUGGUGUGAGCUGCUUGCUCUGGGGGAUCACGGUCUUGAUUUUGACCCGGUGCCGCUCGUUCUCUAGUGCACUUGCGGUGCGAUUCUUACUAGGGCUGUGCGAAGCAGCAGUAACACCGGGCUUGACCCUUAUGGCUGGAUUCUGGUGGACGAGGAGAGAGAUUCAGUUGAGGCAAUGCCUCUGGUAUUCGUCCUUGGGUUGGGGUGGCAUCAUCGGAUCAUACAUCUCGAUGGGUGUUUCGAAACUCCCUGUAGAUCUGAAGCCGGAACGAUGGCAGUUCAUAUUUUUCAUACUUGGUGGAGUGACUUGUUUAUGGUCCUUCCUGAUCAUAUUCGCCUUGCCAAAUGCACCUUCCAAUGCUCGCUUCUUCACAGAAAGAGAGCGGAUUGUUGCUAACAAGAAGUUCGAUCGUAGCCAGGUGCAGCUGGCAUUCAUAGAUCCGAAGGCAGCCCUGCUAUUCGUCUCUGUGUUUGCGGCUGCAAUCCCGGAUGGCGUCGUUCAGAGUUUCAGUACUGUCAUCAUCCGCGACCUUGGGUUCUCAACGACGCGAACAACAGAGCUGAAAUCAGUAGGCGAUGCGGUACAAAUAGUGGCACUCGUGAUAGGAGGAAUAAUCAUCCUCAACGUCCGCCAGUCUCGACUUUUGGUGGCUACAGUAGCCAAUAUCCUUUGUACUCUGGUAACCGCUCAAUCUGUCGGAUUUACAGUCUCUUUGACGACCCUCUCUUCUAACAUAGCUGGCUAUACCCACAGAUCACUUACUAGCGCAUUAUCGGGAGCAACAAUUGGUCUCUUGGUGGGAUACAGCAUCAAGCUUAGCUGUCAUCUUCUUGCUUUACUAGGGUACAUGUAUUUUACCAAUCGAUGGCGAGAUCGACAAUAUGACUCGGCAAACAAAGAGGCCAGCGAUGAAGCCGGUAUGCUUGACAAGACAAAGUUCCAAAACGAACACUUUCGAUAUGUUCUGUAA